AGUUGGGCUCGAUGUAGGCGAUCUGCGCGAGGCCGGAUAGGGCCUUGACGGCCUCCUUUGUUGCGUUGAGGGGGAUCGCGACGAAGCUGCCGAGCGAGAUGGGGUCUUCCGUGGUCGCCUGCGCUGUGCCGGCCGUGGUGGCGGCGCCGGCGAUGGACUGCUCGAUGCUUGCGCCCACGCUGUCGACGCUCGCGGUGCCGAAGAGGGGCUUCAGGACGGCAAUGUACGAGUUGGGGAUCACCUCGCCCUUGGGCUCGAGGAUAGUGAGGCCGUGGGCGGCCAGGGGCGAGAGGAGGAGGAGGGGAGUGACCUUCAUCUUGGAUGAUGUGGUUGUGUUGUGUGGAGUUUGUGUGAUUUGUCUCAAUAUCCGAGGGACGGGGACAACAACGCUGCUGUCAAAGUAUAGGCGAUGGAUAUGUUGCCGGAUGAGAACGUGAUGCCUAAAACCAACCCACUGGCAAAGAUGGGCGCGGCGAUCCUUCCCUUCUUAUUGACAAUAACGGUUGGCAUGUCAGAACUAGCUAGGCACAAGC